AUGAGUUUCGGCUACAGUACCGGCGAUUUUUUGGCCCUUCUGGAGCUCGCAAACGAGUUGCGGAAACGGUUUCAAGAUGCUCCGACCCAGUACAAAGAUGUUUCAAAUGACGUCAAGAAACUUUCCAAUGUGCUCAGAGUCAUCGAGGAUUACGAACCUGAACGAAACUUGAGUGGUCCGCAAACAGGAUCCCUGGAAUUGCUUUCUCAAAGCUGCCAUGAAGUCCUAGAUAAGCUACGCGACAGCCUUGAGAAAUAUUCCCACGUGGUGUCUGUUGAUCGCAGUGCAAAAAGUAGCAUCCAGCGAGCAUGGAAGAAGAUUACUUGGGACUCAAAAGAAGCCAUGUACUUUCACGAAAAGAUAGACUCGCAAAUCAAUCACUUCAGCCUUUUCCUUGCUGAAAGUACUCUCCAGGUGGUUCGAGAAACCAGAAGCAUGGUGGCUUCUUGUACAAAUGGAGUAAACAAGAUACUUGAGGAUGGGGAUGGUAAGAAGCGGUUGAAGAUGUUGAACUGGUUGUCCUCAAAUAAUCCCGAAGUCAAACACGCCAGUAUUUGGAAGGAUAGACAAGAAAAUACCGGCCAGUGGUUCUUGAAAUCGGACAAGUUCCUGCAAUGGUUCGUUCAAGAUUGCGGUACGCCUCAAGAACGGCGCACUUUAUUUUGCUAUGGAGAUGAGGGAGCUGGCAAGACUUUCAUAUCGGCAAUUGUGGUCGAAGAACUUCGACAGCGCUUAGAAACCGAUGAUACUGUCGGAAUUGCGAUUUUCUACUGUGAUUUUCAUGAACCGCCAACAGUCUACGAGAUACUCUCAAGUUUGUUGAAACAACUAUUUCAAAAAAGCACGUCACAGCUAAGCGGCUUGAAAUCUCUUUAUGAUGCCUUGAAGAAAAAGGAAAGAUACCCUACAGAAGAUGAAAUCUUAGGUCUUCUAGAUUCAGCCAUCUCGUCUCUCUCAAGAGUCUUCGUUGUUAUUGAUGCACUGGAUGAAUGCCGACGUUCUGGCGGAUUUGAAGGACUAUUGAGGAAAUUUUUCUUUCUCCAAAAAAGACAUAAUCUGGGCCUCCUUGUCACUUCUAGAUCAAUUCCCGCCAUUACUGAGCUUUUCCAAGGCAAUCCAUGGAUAAGGAUUCAUGCAGAUGAUGAGGACGUCUCAAUGUGCUUGCGGAGCGGUUUGAGAGGCUUUCCGGCUAUCCAAAAAACACCCGGACUUCAGUCGGAGGUCAUUGCCACCAUUACAGAGUCAUCUGAUGGGAUGUUUCUUCUUGUUAGACUUCAACUUGAAUCCCUUCACGGGUACGAAGUUGCAACUGCAAAAUCGAUUCGCGACAAAUUGAAGACCCUUCCGACUUCUCUAGAGAGUGCAUACAGAGAAACAAUGGAGCGCAUCGAGGGUCAACCUGCCCUUCAUACCAAGAUAGCGAGACUUGUUUUGGCAUGGGUCGUCUGGGCAACAAGACCUUUGAGAUCACUUGAGCUGCUGCAUGCCCUUGCCGCUGCGCUUGAAGAGGAUAGCUUUGACGAAGACAAUCUUUACAGGAUAGAGGACAUAAUUUCCAUGUGUGUAGGUAUCAUUACCAUUGAUGAGCAAAGCGACAUUGUUCAACUACAACAUUACACAAGGUAUGAGUUUCUGAAGAAUCACUGGACCGAGUUCUUUCCCGAGCCUCAUAGUCAACUGACGACUAUGUGCAUCUCAUACAUGCGCCAUGAGACACUUCAAGUUGGGAAUACUGCCUCACAUAGUCAGCUCAAAGACUAUCUUGAACGAUUCCCCUUUUUUGAGUACUCGGCCAAGAAUUGGGGCUAUCAUGCACGGAUAUCCUACUCAAAUGUGAGGGAACAUGUCCACGCUUUUGUUCAGAGCGAUAUCGCCCUCCCUCAAUCCCUUCGAGUGUUGUUUACCGAUCGCUACUUUUCGCAAACCGGGCAAUGGUGCUCAAUUGCAGUCUCUCCACUGCAUCCUGCGGCAUACUUCGGCCUUGAAGAAUGUAUCCUUUACUUUCUCGCUAACCACGUUACUCGUGAUAUGAAGGAUGAUGGUGGUCAGACUGCAUUGCACUGGGCUGCAAGAAAUGGACAGGUGGAAGCAGCUGAACUGCUUUUGAAUCAUGGUCUUGAAGCCAAUUUGGCGGACAAGAAAGGCAAAACAGCUUUACAUUAUGCUGCUGACCAAGAUGACUCGCGUCUGAUAAAACUUCUUGUACAUUAUAAGGCAGACAUGGAGUCUACAGACAUGGAUGGCCAAACACCUCUUCUCACCGCGGUGCAAGAUUUGAAUCUUGAGCCAGCUCAGGAGCUUGUCAGUCUCGGGGCCUCAAUAAAGGCUACGGACUCAAUGCAUCGCAGUGCGCUGCACCUAUCAGCCCUUGGGGGGAGUCGCAGCAUCCAUAUCACCAAAUUUCUUUUAGCCAGGGGCGCUUGUUAUGAGUCAUGCGACGUUGAAAACAUGAUUCCGAUGCAUUAUGCCAUAGUCUAG